AGUUUGAUUGUAAGACCGUUUUAUGAACGCGUCCGCUGGCCUUCAGUAGCGGCUCGCGCAGCCGGCUCCACCUGCUUAUGAAACUCACCUGACAGGAUUCUCCACAAAUGACGGAAGAAUCCGGAAGAGCAGGGCAAGAAACAAACACCGAAAAUAAGAAGAAGACUCAUCCCCACGGUCGCGCUUAAUCAGAACUAGUGACUGCAGCUACUCCGGCGGCUCGAUCAGAGAGAGGUGGAUAAACACAGCCGGAGCGGAGCAUUGUGCUGUAUCAGCUGUAUCCUGCUUCUGUAUCCUGCGUCAUUCCCACAGGAUGGAGGAGGGAGAAGAGAAUAUGGAAUAUGGGUGGAAGAGAAGACAGAGUGUAAGGAUGCUGCGUGGGAUGCUGAAACGUGUCGGACCAUUUCGCCCAGACCAGAUUGAAGGAGCUGAAGAAUCUAAAGUGCUCCCCCCUGCUCUCAUGAUGAACCCAGAGACCUUCCAGGCCCCACCCCCUGGACACGACAUCAUCCAGGCCACACCCCCUAAGCCAAUCAUAUUCCAGACCCCUCCCCCUAAACCUGAGUUCAUCCAGGCCACACCCCCCAAACCUGACAUCUUCCAGGCCACACCCCCUAAACCUGACAUCUUCCAGGCCACACCCCCUAAACAUGACCUCAUCCAGGCCACACCCCCUAAACCUGACAUCUUCCAGGCCACACCCCCUAAACAUGACAUCUUCCAGGCCACACCCCCUAAACAUGACAUCUUCCAGGCCACACCCCCUAAACCUGACAUCUUCCAGGCCACACCCCCUAAGCCUGACAUCUUCCAGGCCACACCCCCUAAACAUGACAUCUUCCAGGCCACACCCCCUAAACCUGACAUCUUCCAGGCCACACCCCCUAAACAUGACAUCUUCCAGGCCACACCCCCUAAACAUGACAUCUUCCCAGCCCUACCCCCUAAGCCUGACUUCUUCCAGGCCACACCCCCUAAACAUGACAUCUUCCAGGCCACACCCCCUAAACAUGACAUCUUCCAGGCCACACCCCCUAAGCCUGACAUCUUCCAGGCCACACCCCCUAAACAUGACAUCUUCCAGGCCACACCCCCUAAGCCUGACUUCUUCCAGGCCACACCCCCUAAACAUGACAUCUUCCAGGCCACACCCCCUAAACAUGACAUCUUCCCAGCCAUACCCCCUAAGCCAAUUAUCUUCCAGGCCACACCCCCUAAACAUGACAUCUUCCAGGCCACACCCCCUAAACCUGACAUCUUCCAGGCCACACCCCCUAAACAUGACAUCUUCCAGGCCACACCCCCUAAACAUGACAUCUUCCAGGCCACACCCCCUGAACCUGACAUCUUCCAGGCCACACCCCCUAAACAUGACCUCAUCCGGAUCCCACUCCGUGAGUGGAAGGAGAAUGGACACAUCAAAGUGAAUGGAAGCACAAGUAGUGGCUUGAAAUCUACAAACAGCAAGGACUGUGCUUCCUGGGAUGAUAAGGAAUACCCCGUGUAUGAGAACAUCUUCCUCAUCGGAGAGGAGAAGUGUGUAGAAGAUUGGCCAGAGGACAGCCCUGAGCUUCAUCCAGAUUGGAAGCCGGCUGGCAGACUAAGACUGAGAAGAGAGUCUAUGAAGAUUCUGAUGGAGACACCGGUGGAGUGGGGGAACGAGGAUCCGAUGGAGAAUAGUCAGGAGAAUAAUUCAAAAGCAAGGAAAAGCAGGAGGUUCACUUUGCCUUCACGAAGAGAAUCAAAGAUUGAAGCUGAACUGUCAGAGAAAGGUGCAGAUCUCCUCAGAGAGGUGGAGGGAGAGGAGAAUGAGUCUGAUGUGGCAGACGAGUGUAAGAAGAGACAAAAAAGAGGGAAGAAAUUCAAACUUGCCUUCCUGCAGAGGAGAGAUUCAAAGGCUGCUGAAUUACCUGAGACUCCACCUGGAGCUACCUGCAGGAACUAUCACCUGUCUGAGGCAGCAGAGAUUGAAGCUGAACUGUCAGAGAAAGGUGCAGAUCUCCUCAGAGAGGUGGAGGGAGAGGAGGAUGAGUCUGAUGUGGCAGACGAGUGUAAGAAGAGACAAAAAAGAGGGAAGAAAUUCAAACUUGCCUUCCUGCAGCGGAGAGAUUCAAAGGCUGCUGAAUUACCUGAGACUCCACCUGGAGCUACCUGCAGGAACUAUCACCUGUCUGAGGCAGCAGAGGCAGAGUGGCGUUCAGCUCAGAGAGAUGAGAGUCUGAGAAAUGGAGAGAAGGGGGAGGAGUCGGGAGGAGUGGAGGAGGGGGACACUGACAGUCUGAUGGAGUGGUGGAACACAGUGGAACAGUGGGAUGAGUUGCCAUCAGAUGAGGAAGAUGAGACAGGAGCGGUGGAGGAAGAGGAGCUGAAGGUGUUGUCUGAGAAGGUGCAGAAGGGGAUCCAUGUCUUCAACAAGGUGUUCAUGGAGCAGGCUGAGGGUCUGUGGCAGCACAUCGUUGCCCUGCUGGGCAUCGCGGAGAGCCUGAGUGAGUUCCACCGCAAGGCCAAGAUCGCCUCCAUCACGGGCGGCACUACCACUGCUGUGGGCGGAGUCACUGCCAUCGCCGGGCUGGUUCUGACACCCUUCACCUUCGGCGCGUCACUCAUCCUCACCGCCGUGGGCAUCGGCGUGGCAACCGCGGGGGGGCUCACCUCCGCCUCCGCCACCAUAUCCGACUCCGUCAACAACUCCCACGACCGCAAGAAGGUGGAGAAGAUCGUGGAGGAGUUCCAGGCCUCGCUGGCCGACAUGCACAAGUGCGUGCGCUACGUACAGCAGGGCCUGGAGCGGCUGCUGGCCUGCCUGCUGAGGCUGGACUCUGCCGGGCCGGGCCGGGGGCCGGGCCUCAGCCGGGCCGUGCAGGAGGCCAGCGAGGCCAGCGCCACCAGCGACCGCGCCCUGCAGAUCAGCAGCCGGAUCAGCGCCAUGCUCGCCGGCCUGUUCCAGGGCAUGGACAGCUUCUACAUGGACCAGGACCCCGGCGAGCUGAGGAAGGGCUGCAAGACUGAGCUCGCCGCCAAGAUCCGCGGCGUGGCUGAGCGGCUCCACGAGGCGCUGGUGGAGCUCAACGGCAUCCGGGAGGAGCUGCAGGACACAGCCUACCACAUCUGAACUCACUUUCCCACAGUCCUCUUCUGAACUCACUUUCCCAGAAUCCUCUUCUGAACUCACUUUCCCAGAAUCCUCUUCUGCACUCACUUUCCUACUAUUCUCUGGGCUGUUCUCUAUGUUUGGAAAAUAUAAAAUAAAGAUUGCUGGCUAUUUAUUUUUGUAACAAGACACUGCGAAACACAUAUAAUACUGCAGUAAUAAUAUAUAAUGAGAUCUAUAUAGGGGCGGCCUGUAGCGUAGUGGUUAAGGUAAAUGACUGGGACACACAAGGUCGGUGGUUCUAAUCUCGGUGUAGCCACUAUAAGAUCCGCACAGCUGUUGGGCCCUUGAGCAAGGCCCUUAACCCUGCAUUGCUCCAGGGGAGGAUUGUCUCCUGCUUAGUCUAAUCAACUGUGCGUCGCUCUGGAUAAGAGCGUCUGCCAAAUGUAAUACAAUUACCUCUAAUAAAACCGCACAGGCUGCAGAGACAGGAAGAGAUUCUCUUAGUCCAGCUGUAUCUGCUCUAAUGCCAUCUGUGGCACAUUUACUGCCAUAAAGGGACACAGUCAUAAUGCUGCAGUUCUGCACUGAUUUUGGAAAUAUUUUCUGUCAUAUGGGGUGAAGUGCAGAGGCCAUGUAUGUGUCAAGAUGACUGUGUGUCAGGAUGACUGUGUGUCAGGAU